UCGCUGGCUUCGUUGUUGUGCUUACACGGUGUUGUGAGGGAUGUCUUUCGCAAUUUUUCUGUUGUCUUGUUUCCCGGCGAGCAAUGUCGGGAUGGGAUUGUGCUCCGCUGAAAGGCCUUUUUCUUUAGAUUUUAUACAGCUAUGUUGGUUGCUGCCUAGCCUGUUGUGUAGAUGUCGAGGAUAAGCCUGAUGUAACUGCCAGCAUCGUUAGAUAACUGAGCGGAUCUAUAAAUAUCUAUAAGACAUGAGCAAGCCAGUUUAACGGUCGUUGGCUAUCAACUUGGACCAGAUUUAGAUAGCACCGUUAGCUAGCUUCAUCCCCGCUGCAGCGUUCACUGUCGACAUUAGCAUGGUAGUAGCUAACUUGAGUCCAUGCUAGCGAGGACAAAGGGACCCGGGUACCAACAGCACCAAGUCGGUCAGUGUUGAGUCGAAAAAGACGCUGCGAUAAUUUGAUUUGUUUUUCACAACAUAGACAUGCAACGUCAACCAAGAUGUCCCACAUGUAGACACAAGGAAUAAGUAACCUAGCAACAACGAGCUAACGUUAGCAUCGGUUCAAUCAAAACAACGCUCCGCUUCCAUAUUACUGAAAUUGCUAAUUGUUAGUUAGCUGUAAACAGAUAGAUAUUAGUACACGUAAACACGUACGUGUAAUUAAACUGGUACUUUAUUUGUCAUAUCGGAAUGUCAAAAAAAUUGCGAUGAACAAUUGAGAUGUGCGGAGUUACUGAAUGAGUGUUUUGUUAUUGUUUAUCUCCUAUGACCGAUGAGACUGAUACUUGUAAUGAUAUGUUAAUAUUUGAUGAAUUGAAUACACAUUGCAGCCGCUGCUUUAACUUUCUCCGUUAGAAAAAGAUAUCUUGAUUGUUCACUGAAAUUAGAUUUAAAGCCAGUUUGUCGUUUUGCAUUAGCUUUGUUCACACCAGCAGCCAAUGGCAGCAUUGCAUUUGCCAACGUCACUCAGGCUCUGUAAGCUGGAUUGCUAUUGUUCUCUGACAUAAAACAAAUGGGUCACUGGAGAUAACUGUAGUUAUUAUUCUAGUAAUAGACCCCUUAGUCAAAGUUUGCAACUCAAAAUGCAUUACAGGGUAAUUUAUUUUUACUACAAGGUAUUGAGCGAUCACCCUUUCUAUGUAUUUGCAGAUUUUUCUAUUUGUACAUACAGAGUUUUGUAUAUACUGUAUAUGAUGAGCUCGCUGGGCGGCGAAAAGGCCCGGGGCCCUCGGGAAAAAGCGCUGCCUGCUGCCACCCACACAUCACAACCACAGAAACAGAUACAGGCUACUGCUGAGCAGAUCCGGCUUGCCCAGGUGAUCUAUGACAAGAAUGAUGCUGACUUUGAGGACAAAGUUAACCAGCUGAUGGAGGUGACUGGGAAGAACCAGGAUGAGUGCAUGGUAGCCCUACAUGACUGCAACGAAGAUGUUAGCAGAGCCAUCAACUUCCUCCUGGAGAGCACCUCGGACAUGACCUCAUGGGAAACGGUAGGGAAGAAGAAGCCCCUGGUGAAGGAGGGUCCAUCAGAUAGCAAGGAGAACAAGGAAAACAGGGAGAAGAAAGGAGAGAGGGAGGCAAGCAAGGGCCGCGUGGCUGCAAACCGCAAGGGCAGGGGGGCCAGUCGCAGCCGACCGGCACGUCCAGAGGAGAAUGGCGUGGAGGUGACACCAGUGGACAGGGGUUCAGAUCGAGGUCGGAGGGCCAGAGGAGGUGGCCGAGGAUCUGGAGGUCGAGGCAGAGGCAGAGGACCACCAGGGAGCCGGUUCUCAGCCCAGGGCAUGGGGACCUUCAAUCCAGCGGACUAUACCUCAGAAGCUAGGUCAGGGACCACAACAUCUGAGGUGUGGGACACGGCAGCCAACAACAGCACAGAUGGGACAGUUACCUGGCGGCAUACCUUGGAAGACUGGGCAUCUGAGGACUGGAGUGAGGAUGUUAGUCUCUCAGAGACCAAAGUGUUCACCUCCUCAUGUGCACCUGCUGCUGAGAAUCACAUCACACCUGGGCAAAGCCUGGACCUCGCCUCUCUGCUGCAGAAGCCUGUGGUCGGAGGAAGAGAACCACCUUCGUCCUCUUCCUCUCAGAGUCUGGUCUUCACCAACUCCCACCAUCACCACCACCAGCCUCCGCAACAGCAGCCGCAGCCGCCCCCCAGCCGCAACGCCACCAGUAGCACAAGCUAUGCUCAUGCUGCACUGUCUUCAGUUCUGGGAGCUGGUUUUGGGGACUUGGGCCAGGCCAAAAGGCCUCAACCGAGUGCUGGAGCUCAGAUACUGGAACAGCUGAAGGGUCCCGGCUUGGGUCCGCUACCCUCAUCCCAGGCCGCGCCUCCUGCCAGCACCCAAGGAAGCAACACCUCCAUUGGCCGACUGCCAGGCCUGGGAGCAUCUGUACCUCCACCCUCCUCAUCUAGCUGGGACAUAAAGGCUUCAGAAUCCAACAGCACCUCACUGUCCUCGCAGUUCAGCCGUGAGUUUGGCCUGCAGCCAGAGCCUUCUCUUGUGUUGAGCCAGCUGGUUCAGAGGCACACUGGCCCCUCCUUGCCUCUGGCGCGCCAACCCAGUCCUCCAUCGCAACAGCAAGCGCCCCCUGCUUCAGCCUCGCCUGCUCCCCACCACAACAGCACGCCAGCACAGGCAGGUCCGGUGAUGGCUCCUGCUGGUGCUAAACCUCCUGUCCCCGGUGCAGGGCUGGACCCUCAGGGCAGUAAUACACCACAGCAGCAACGAGCACAGCUCAAAGGCCAGAAACGAAGGAUACCUCCGACAUCCAAGAUACCCUCCACAGCGGUAGAGAUGCCAGGCUCGGCUGACGUCCCUGGGCUAAACCUCCAGUUCGGAGCUCUAGACUUUGGCUCGGAGUCGCCAUUGCCAGAGUUUGGAGUUGUAGACAAUUGUGUGAGUGCGGCAUCCAGGGAGUCCACACCAGCCCCUGCCCCAGCACCGCCUGCACCUGGACCAGGGGCACAGAGCCAGACAAGCCUGUACUCCAAACCACUCAGUGAGUCGCUGGGUAGCCCUCUCUCCGUCGCCCUGCCUCUGCCCCUCUCCUCAUCAGAGCCAGUAUAUCACUCCUCGGUGCCCAGCCUCACUCCCUCCUCAUUAGGGAGUGGCAGCUCCUCCAAUCCUCCUUCCAUUUCUUCGACAGCGUCCACCACCUCCUCCUCUGUACCCUCCUCCUCUCACUUCUCCACAGUCGGGGGAAGUUAUGAUGGGUCCAUGCCCCCUCACACACGAUUGGCCUUUUCCCAGAGCAAAGAGGCCACAGGGCCGGUCAUGAAUGGUCUGAAUGGUGUAAGGACCUCCGCUGCUCUUGAUACUUCAUCAGCAUCCUCCACACCGAAGCCAGAGUCGCCGUCUCUGAACAUCAGCACCAACGGAGCCUCAGCACCCUCCUCCCACUUGCCCUCUUCCUUGCCUGCACACAGCUCCACCACGCUCUCCAGUCUGGCUCAGGACCUGCCCUCAGUCAGCCAGCUCAACUCACUCAACAGCCAUGUCAGCAGUCAUUCCUCAGUUUCAGCUCUGGGCUCCAACUCUCUCACUUACACCAGUGUUGACAACAGCAGCGUGAGCUCUUUGGCUCCUACCACUGGCUCCUACACAUCAUCGCAACCAUCAGCACUCCACUCGACCCACAACAGCAGCAACAGUAGCAGCGUCGGCAUCAGCCACCUGGCCAACAUGCCCAGUAUGGGCAACAUGAGCAGCACAGUCGGAGGUAUCGUUGGCGCCAGUGGACUUCACUCUGCUGCUAUUGCCGCCAGCGCAGCACUGGGACUUGGCUCCAAUGGAGCUACUGCCACGUCCAACCUCUCCGCACCGAGGACCACACCCCUGCUCUCCUCCACCACUGGUAAGGCUCCUCCUAACUUGUCCCAGGGAGUCCCACCUCUACUGCCCAACCAGUAUAUCAUGGGCCCAGGGGGGCUGCUGCCAGCAUACCCACAGAUCUAUGGUUACGAAGACCUCCAUAUGCUCCAGUCCAGACUGCCAAUGCCCUCUUUGCAGGAUUACUAUGGAAUCACAUUCCCCGGCCCCACAGCGACUCUCUCUGGUAGAGACGGGAGCCUAGCCAACAACCCCUACUCAGGUGAAGUCACAAAGUUUGGCAGGAAUGACUCCACCUCCCCGGCACCCCCCACAAGCCUGGCAGCGCCUCAGCCUCCCCAGGGCCAGAGCCAAGGACAGAGCCAGGCCCAGCCUCAGCCUCCUCAGGCCCAGCCUCAGCCCCAGGGCCAGCCGCAGCACCACAGCAGUCAGCAGGCCUUUCUGCCUCCAGGCUACAGCUACACAGGCCUGCCUUACUACCCCGGGGUGCCCGGCACCGUACCCAGUGCUGCUGCCUUCCAGUAUGGCCACACCAUGUUCGUUCCUCCCAGUGGCCCGGGUCCAGCCUCGGCCAAGCAGCACAAUAUGGGCCUUGGUUUGGGAAACCCCUCGGCGAGCCCCUUCCAGCAACAGACGCAGCAGCAGCCCAGUGGUUACGGCCAGCACGCCUUCAGCUCAGGGUAUGAGGAGCUGACAGCGGGGCCAGCAGGAGUGGACUACAGUAAAGGAUACAACUCCUCCUCACAGGCACAAGCCAAAUCUGCUGCUUCUGGGCCCGGGAAAGGCGUCUCAGUGACGUCCAGUAACUCGGGUGUGCCAGACAUCAGUGGAAGUGUUUACAAUAAGACCCAGUCUUUUGAUAAGCAGGGUUUCCAUGCGGGGACCCCUCCUCCCUUCAGUCUGCCAUCAGCACUGGGGGGUCCAGGCCCUCUGAACCCUGGAGCAGCUCCUGGAGGCUAUGCACCAGCCCCAUUCCUCCACAUCCUGCCUCACCAGCAACCACACUCACAGCUGCUGCACCACCAUCUCGCUCAGGAUGGACAGGGUGGUCCGAACCAGCGCGGCCAGUCCAGCAGCCUGCAGCAAAAAAGCCAAGUCAACAAGUCGAGCUACGGCAGCUCUCCCUACUGGGCCAACUGAGAUGGCCAGAUCUAUGAUAUGAUGUGUGUGUGUGUGUGUGUGUGUGUGUGUGUGUGUGCAUGCGUGUGUGCACGGACACACACACCAACACACAGCACCACACCUGCGUAUCUGACUGAUAAUAGAGGGACAAACCAUUUUACAACACAAGCUAAAACACACACUACCACCCCUCCCCUCCCCUUUGCUCUGUAUAUCCCCUUUUCAAAUUUAUGGCUGUUGUAUGUAAAAUAUAUUUAUGUAUGUAUUUAUACAGUAUAUAUGUAUUGGUAGGACAUAAAAUGUGGUUUUCUGCAUUUUGUUUUUAUUUUGAAGGACAUUUUAUUUCAAAAAAAAAAAUGUGGAAAGAUGAAAAUGCUAAAUCAUGGCGAUGAAGUUGGUGAAUAUACUUGAACACAAGCAUCUUGUGAUGUGGAUUUUUUUGUAUGCAUACAUGAACUGAGAAUGAUGUACAUAGAUUCUACACAUCAUUUUCACGGCAAAGGCCUUUUUUUAUUUUAGAAGAAAUACGUUUUUGUAACUUUGGUCUCCCGCAUCUGUGAAUCCUUAUAUUGAGGGUGACUUCAGUUGAUAGCUUGACUUUUCUUUUUGCCCCUUUUCCCUCCAUCUGUCUCUCAUUCCUCAACUCUUACUAGUUGGCUGGUAUUACCAGCCAGGCCUUGGAUUUGAUGUCAUUUUAACAUUGGUUUAAUCCUUGUUGUCCAAAUUAAAAGUUCUCAACAGUU